AUGAAGCCCACUAGCCAGAUUACCACGUCUUCGAUCGAGUCCGAGAAGGAUGUUCUCCAGUCGCUCCUUCCGCAAUAUGGGCUCCGUAUGACCGCGGACGGCAUGCACAUCCGCUGGGCGGUUGGCAACAGUCGACAUCCGCGGAACUGGAGACUGAGAAGGAAGAUCUGGGAUACUAUGCUGAUCCUUUUCUUGGAGUUCUUUACGACGGCAGUGAGCACAGCCGGGUCCAUCGCUGCCAACAGUGCCGUACGAGAGCUUCGUGUUCCGCAAGAACUGUCUAUCUUCCUCUUCGUGUCCGUGUAUCUGGUCGGCCAGGCGUUCGGGGGCAUUAUCUUCCCGCCAUAUUCGGAAGCGUUUGGACGAAAGAAGCUGUAUAUAGUAAGUUCGGCGCUGUACAGUCUGUCGUGCGUGGUGGUGGCUACGGUGCCGUCGAUGGCCGGGGUGAUCACGGGACGGUUGAUGAGCGGGAUUCUGUCUGCGAUUCCGACGACGGUAGUGGGAGGCAGCAUUGAGGACCUGUUCAACUCGCGGCAGCGAGUGUGGAUGAUCUGCAUCUGGGUCCAAGCGGCCAAUCUGGGUAUGGUGGUCGGACCGAUCCUUAGUACUUUUGUGGUGGCUGAUCUGGACUGGCGGUGGCUUUUCUACGUGGCGGCGAUGGUGACGGGGGUGCUGACACUGCUGCUGGUAACGAUCCGCGAGUCGCGGCCGUCGCUGCUGCUGGCGCGGGAGGUGGCACUCUUCCGCAAGGUGACGCAGAUCAGCACCCCGGACGCGCUGAACCCGGACCAAGCCCCGGAUCUGCAUACUUUCGUGCGAUUGGCCCUGUUCCGGCCGAUUCGAUUGCUCUGCACGGAGCUGAUCGUCUUCAUCGUGGCGGUCAUGAGCGCGGUGUCGAUCGCGCUGGUCUACCUCUUCACGCAGGCGCUGCCGCCCAUCUACGAGUCGUUCGGAUUCAGUCCGCGCCAGGCGUGCCUGCCUUUUCUUGCAAUUGGGCUGGGUCUAUUCCUGGGGUUUCUGACGCGAUGGCUGGACCUGCGCAUCAUCGCGCAGCACAGCGCGCGCGGGCGGCCGCUGCAGCCCGAGGACAAGCUGCUCGGGUUUUGGGUUGGCACGCCCGUGCUGGCGGCCGCCCUGUGGGUGUUCGCCUGGACCAUCCCGCCGGCCAUGUCGCAGGUGCCGUGGAUGGUGUCCGUGGUGGCAUUGGUGCUGACGGGGUUUAGUCUGAAUGAGAUCGACUACGUGCUGGGCGGGUAUCUGACCGAUAGCUACCUCAGCUACGCGGCGAGCGGGCUGGCGGCGCUGAGUCUGGUACGUGCCACUCUGUCGGCCGUGCUGCCACUUGUGUCGGCGCCCAUGCUGCAGCGCCUGGGGGCCAACGGGGCUGUCUCGGUGCUGGCGGCCCUGGCCACAGUGUUCUGUGCUGUGCCGCCGUUGUUCACGCGGUAUGGGCGGGGGUUGCGGGCGAGGAGUGCGUUCGCGCGGUACAGUUCGAUCAUUUAUCGGGAAUAUAGUGUGGACGAGGGGGGGUAUUGA